AUGUAUCAAGAACUCAAACAUGGCUCGCGGCCCCAAAAAGCACUUGAAGCGUCUGAACGCGCCUAAGGCAUGGAUGUUGGACAAGCUUGGAGGCGUGUACGCGCCGCGGCCGAGCACGGGCCCGCACCGGCUGCGCGAGUGCCUGCCGCUCGUGGUGUUCCUGCGCAACAGGCUGAAGUACGCGCUGACCGGCGACGAGGCGCUGCGCAUCGUGAAGCAGCGGCUCGUGCGCGUGGACCACCGCGUCCGCACCGACCCCACCUACCCCGCCGGAUUCAUGGAUGUGGUGUCGAUUGAGAAGACCAAUGAACUGUUCCGUCUGAUCUACGACGUGAAGGGACGCUUCACCAUCCACCGCAUCACUCCCGAGGAGGCCAAGUACAAGCUGUGCAAGGUCCGCCGCGUGGCCACGGGUCCCAAGGCCGUGCCGAUGCUGAUCACGCACGACGGCCGCACGCUGCGCUACCCCGACCCGCUCAUCAAGGUCAACGACUCCGUGCAGCUCGACAUCGCCACCGGCAAGAUCAUGGACUUCAUCAAGUUCGAGUCCGGAAACUUGUGCAUGAUUACUGGCGGAAGAAAUUUGGGUCGUGUGGGCACCAUCGUGUCCCGCGAGAGACAUCCCGGCUCCUUCGACAUCGUGCACGUCAAGGACACCACCGGACACACCUUCGCCACUAGGUUGAACAACGUGUUCAUCAUCGGCAAGGGCACGAAGGCGUACAUCUCGCUCCCUCGCGCUAGAGGAGUGCGGCUCACCAUCGCGGAGGAGCGAGACAAGCGCAUCGCCGCCAAGCAGCAGGCCAGCUAGGUUAAGCCCACAAUCUAAAUAAAAACAUUAAAACCGA